CUGCAGAAGCCCUGCAGCCUUCUUCACCUUCACUGGCCAGGUACUUCAGGCUUGGGACAUGAGAACUGAGGACUAAAAUUCCUCAAGGAGUCACUCAGGAACAAGCUCUGACCAGCGGAGGGAGUGACACAUCCACCUCCAUCUGCACCGUCCCAUCUCACCCAUCUUCACCUUGCUGUCAGUGCACCCAGACAGUAGGCAGGAGCCGUCCCCGUGCCUCUGCCAGAGAUAAGCCUGUUGGGUUGGUAGAGAAAACCUCGGGCGAAGCCGCAGCAUUGAAAUUGUUACCUGCGAAAGUGAGCGGAGAAGUGAGAGACAAUGAAUGGACCUGUGGAUGGCUUAUGUGACCAUUCUCUAAGUGAAGAAGGAGCCUUCAUGUUCACUUCCGAGUCUGUAGGAGAGGGACAUCCGGAUAAGAUCUGUGACCAGAUCAGCGAUGCAGUUCUGGAUGCUCACCUUAAGCAAGACCCCAAUGCCAAGGUGGCCUGUGAGACGGUGUGCAAGACGGGAAUGGUGCUGCUGUGUGGGGAGAUUACCUCCAUGGCCAUGGUGGAUUACCAGCGCGUGGUGCGGGAUGCCAUCAAACACAUUGGCUAUGAUGACUCUGCGAAGGGCUUCGACUUCAAGACCUGCAACGUGCUCGUGGCUUUGGAGCAGCAGUCCCCGGAUAUUGCCCAGUGUGUCCAUCUAGACAGAAAGGAAGAGGAUUUUGGUGCGGGAGACCAGGGCUUGAUGUUCGGCUAUGCCACUGACGAGACGGAGGAGUGCAUGCCACUCACUAUUGUCCUGGCACACAAACUCAAUGCCCGCAUGGCGGAGUUGCGGCGCACUGGUGCUCUCCCCUGGCUGAGGCCCGACUCCAAGACCCAGGUGACAGUUCAGUACACACAGAAAAGUGGCGCUGUGAUUCCUGUGCGUGUCCACACCAUCGUCAUCUCUGUGCAGCACGAUGAGGACGUUGCACUGGAGGACAUGCGCAGGGCUCUGAAGGAGCAGGUGAUCAGGGCCGUGGUGCCUGCCAAGUAUCUGGAUGAAGACACCAUUUACCACCUGCAGCCCAGUGGGCGCUUUGUCAUUGGUGGGCCCCAGGGGGAUGCGGGUGUCACUGGCCGCAAGAUCAUUGUGGACACUUAUGGUGGCUGGGGUGCUCAUGGCGGUGGGGCUUUCUCUGGAAAGGACUCCACCAAGGUGGACCGCUCAGCAGCCUACGCUGCCCGCUGGGUGGCUAAGUCCCUGGUGAAAGCUGGGCUGUGCCGGAGAGUGCUUGUGCAGGUGUCCUAUGCCAUCGGAGUGGCAGAGCCACUGUCCAUUUCCAUCUUCACCUAUGGAACCUCAGAGAAGACAGAACGGGAGCUGCUAGAGGUGGUGAACAGGAACUUUGACCUCCGGCCAGGUGUCAUUGUCAGGGAUUUGGACUUGAAGAGGCCCAUCUACCAGAAGACAGCCUGCUACGGCCAUUUCGGACGGAGUGAAUUCCCCUGGGAGGUGCCCAAGAAGCUCGUGUUUUAGAGCUGGCUGGCGUGGGCCUGACCUUGCCCUGCACACUCUUCUCAAGAUCCCAGAUACUCUGUCCCCCCAACUCCUCCUGGCAUCGUGCCCACCCAGCCUCUGUCCUUCUGGCAAAGCCCACCCCUCUCCUCUGCCCCACCCUGCUAUCACCAUGGAUGUUGGGGGAAGGCAGGUAGCUUCUGGGUGCUGGGGGUCAGGGUCCUUGAAUGCAGUGUCAUAAUGUCCCCUUGCCUGUCCCUCAGAGCAGGACAAUGUCACACGAGUGGGAAGGUCACCCUCAUCAAGAGAAAAUCCUCUCCCUCAGCCCUUGCACAGCCCAGACCUAACCAGAUAUCAAGGCAUCAGUGACCCAGGCACACCAGGCCUUCCUUUCUUAUGUGUGGCCAGUACCACGGCCAGGGCCUUGGCCAAGCUCUGCCCAUACUGGGCAUCUGACAUCUCCUGGGCAACUGUCACGUGCAAGGGGCCAAGGCAAUGGCCAAUCUCAUGUCUUCUUCCAACAUUAUGAAGUGGCAUCUUUUAGCUAUCACAGAGUCCCACACCCACACAUGUCAGGCCAGAGAUGGGCCCGGGCUGUGGCACAGCAGACUGGGACAAGGCUGUGGACCUGGUCCUCAGGCCUGAGCCUGGGCUGACUGGAAGUCAGGCAGUGAACCUGCUGCUCUUGGCAAGGCCAGGGUGAUGCUCUAUAUGACAGUGCAGAGCCAGGGUGGAACCAAGAGCUGGUUUCAUUACCUUGCUUGUCCUGGAAGAGAGCCCAAGGCAGGCUGGGCUGGAAUUUGGAUUGGGAAGCAGCUUUAUAAACCCAGCUUACUGACCUCUCAGAGACAUGUGGCUUGGGUUUUGGACCUCUAGGGCUUGUGGUCCAGGUCUCAUCCAGUGCCUCCAGGGGCCCCCUGGGGUUAGGGUUAGUGUAGUGACCCUUGGGUGAAGGCUAAGACAUGUGACCUUUGAGCCCCUUCCCUUACCUGGCCCCCACCCCCUUUUGGUGGUGCUGUAGGUAAGUAGGGGCUCCUCGGAUCCCCCUUCCAGACAGGCCAGUCCUGAGACCUGUGUGCAUUGCGGUAAUGGUUCCCAGGUAUGGGGCUACCUCUGGGUGAUGGACAAACUGCCUGACAUAUGAGGACAUUCUGCCUUUGCCUGCCGGCUUUGGGAGGACACAUCUGCUCCUAAAGUGCCUAAGUGGUCCUUGGCCCACCAUGGUUUUGGAAGCCUCAAACUCUCCUGGCUUUUCAUCGGUGGCUGCUGUACAUGCCCCAUCUGUCCUCAGCCUGGGCCUUGGACAGCAGGUCUCAGCACCCUUGCUAGCAGCCAGGACACCAGCUCAGGAAGGGCCCUCCAUGGCCCCAGGGGAAUGCUGGGGACCUGACUUCUUCUCAGGGGCACAGCACUGGUUGUGGCUGCAAGUGUCUGCCUGGCAGCCUUGCCUAGGAUGUAGACACUUUGAUCUGAGCCUUGUCUGCCUCCACACCCUGAGCUUCUAUGAGACUUAGGAACCUUGGUCUUUUUCAGGGUCCCUGGCUGUAUAGGGGCCUCAGCAUCCUUGCAGCACAGGGAGGGAAGGGCUCACAGGUGUCUGAGUUCCUCCAACUUGGGCUGUUCUGAAGUGGAAAUUUCCUGUCUCCUGGAGAAAAGAGAUCUUUUUGGCCUACAUUGUGCAUACGAAUCUAAAGCCUUUAUUAAUAAUUCCUUCUAGGACACUGAAUAAAAACUAAGGAGCAACUA